AGAAACUGGUUUACUUGUAUAAUAAUUGUCAAUAUUUCGAAUAGAAAAUAAGUUUCCGACAAUCAUAUAAUCUAUCAAUUAGUAUAAUCUGUUACAUUAUUUUUGUUCUAAGUACAUGAAAUUCAGAAUUUAUCACUUACCUAAUGAAAUACUAUAAGUAAAUACUGUAAAAUUAACACAAAAUGUACCUAACAGAAUACAGAUAGAGUCUCCUUACAUCAAAUAAGCGACAAAACAAUAUUCAUAAACUGAAUUAAAAUUUUCGAAGACAUUUUUUGAUGAUUAUCUAAAAAUGUUAGGUUAAAGUUUUAACACUUUCUCGUCCCUCCAAUCUUAUAUCAAAUAAUGGGCUAAAUGUCCUGUUACUAAUUUUUUCCUUUACUUUUAAUGAGACCGGACUUUUUUAAAGAAGAAAAACAUAGAAUGACAUUUUAAACUGAUAUUCUUUUGUUUUUAUAUCCUCAACGGAACAUCCGUUUCGACGCCAUUAUGUAGUUACAAUUUUGUCACACCACAUUAUUUCAUGUAAACACUGGUAACAACGUUUUGUCAAGUUUAUAGUUAAAUAUUCAACAAUAAAGAAGAUUCGUAUAAUAUUUAAAUAAUAUUUCAACAGUGAUCGUACCAUGGAUCCAGAUGAUCCUAUUCAGCGGUUUUUACAAACGACAGGGUGGACGUGCGAAGAUCUGUUGGAAAAAUUGCAAAAAUAUAGAGCCUCGAAAGAUCCAUUGGGUUCUCAACAAACCUCAACCCAAUCAAAUAAAACUGAUAAUAUCGAGUUAAAAGAUCCUCUAUCAAAUUUAAAUCAAGAUGAUGCAACUACCAAUAUUUCUGAUCCUGACGAUGGAGAAAAAGAAGUUAAUGGAGUGGAUAGUGGCAAUACAGAUGAAAUAGUAGAAGAUAUUAACGGAACAGAUAAGAAUGAAGAUGAAAAUUGUUCGAUUACGCAAAAUAAAUCGAACGCUACUGACACAUCAGAUGUAACUGAAGUGAGAGUCGUAGAAGUAAGCGACGAUGAUUUGGACAAAGAAGACGAACAACAAGAAAAUAUUUUGAACCCGGAAGAAAUCGAAUCUUUGGAAAAAUAUCAAAAGACCGACGAAUUCGAAACAAUUACCAUUGAAACAGAGUCCGAGAAGCCUCAAGAAAAUAAAAUCAACUACGUAGAAAUAGAUCCACGACAAAAAAUCAAACUGCGCCGUUUAUCAAUCAAACCAACGCAACAAGGGCAGUAUUCCAAAUUUAAAAUAUCGAAAGUUACCGCGGCGACAGUAGAAUCUCUUAUAAACAGCAAUAAAUUGAUACCAGAGGGAAAACAAAAUAUUUUUCGACCUAAAAUUGUUAUCAAAAAAACGUUACAGAAAGUUGAUAAUUCGCUUGUCACGCCGAAAUCUUCUAGUUCUUUUCGACCUGUGAUUAUAAACAAAACUGAUAAUUCUCUAGUUGUAUUACGUCAAAAUGCUACUAAUGUUAAAUCUCCUCUUCAAUCGAUCGGUACCACAACAACAGGAAGUAUAGCGACUGAUUCAAAAUGCCAGAACGUGACCAGAGUUGCUAAAUCAUCUACGGAAUCCGUGAGAACGUCGAUCCUAUCGCCGUAUACUACAAAUCCGAUUACAAAAUGCCAGAAUACGACAAGUUUGACCAGAUUUGUCAAAUCUCCAGCGGAAGAUAGUGCAGCUAUACCAAAAUCAGUUCUUUCCUUAAAAAAGAACGAUUCCUCCGAUUUAACACAAUCCGUUAUCAAAUAUAAAAUAUUUGCCAACGAUUUGAAACAUAUCAGUUCUCCAAAGGUGACCGGAUGUGAAGAUAGUUCCCCUACAAAUUUUUCUAACAAGGAUUUAUCCAAAUCGCCUACACUCUUUCGAUUAGGAAACGGUGGUGGUAUAAUUAAAAAUGACAAAAUAGAAAAAACCACCAAGGAAAGCGAUGUUUUAACUCCCAUUAAAAUUCCGGAAAACCCCAUGAAAACGUCUCAUCUGUCAGAUACCGACGACGCGAAAAUAUACGGAGACGUACCUUCCGAAUUGGAGUUGACGCCGACGGAAACAUCUGUAGCAUCAAACAAUAUAUUGUCGGUGGAAAGUGAAGGUGAUGACGUAGAAGAAAAUAAUAGGAGCAAAGAGUCCUUCGAAAAUAUUCGAAAUAAUUUAAAAUUACAAUUGAAUUCGUUACGGACGAAGAAAAAGAGUCAGUUCUUGGAAACAACGUCAACUAAAGUCAUCGAUAACAUUCAACGUAGCAAAAAAUUAUCAUUACUAGAAUCCAUCGAAGAUUCCAAGAAAAAUAUACCAUCGGAAAAAAAUAUGGAUAAAAAUCUUUAUACUCAAACUAAUGAGUUAGGUCUUGUUAUAUCGAACGUUGAAGGAGGAGUGGAAAUAGAAGAUACAGAAGGUUCCGAAUUAAAACUAAACGAAAUUAAUUCGAAUAUAACUGAUAAUGAUGAUUGUUUACCUGAUAAUAGACUCGCCGAUAAAGAUAUUGGAACAGUGAAUGAUACAGAAAAUAUAAAAGUAUUAGACGAAAUUAGAAAAAUAAUAAAUAAACAAAAGUUACCUCCAAAAUUGAGUAUAUCGAAAUCUAACGACAAUAGUUUAUGUUUCCAAAAACGUAUGCCCAAAAGUGACGAAGAUAAAAAAAUGGAUAUAUCCUGCGAAAAUUCCCAAACUUCCUUUACGGAAGUAGAAGAAAAAUCCCCAUUCAUCAGUGAUUCAUUAGAUGAAUUUUUAACCGCCGAUUCCAAAUUGAAUAUCAGUUACCAAGUACCGAAAUUAGGCGCGGAAGAAGGUCUUAAAAAUAUCACAGAAGAAUCACCAUUGAUUUUAAAAAGGAUCGAACAAAUUAAAGAAAACGACGAAACUAAAGAAGAUAAAACGAAAAUGACUCCAACUGUUAAAGCAAAAACCGUCGCGCAAAAAAGGAGACUAUUAGAAAAAGAAAGACGAAAGGAAUUGAGGAAAGUACAGAAGAAGAAGCUCAAAGAAUUGGAGGAGAGAGUAAAAGAAGUUUCAAAAGAAAUGGAGGAGAUCAAAGUGAAAAAUAACAAUAAAAACAAAUCCACCAGAAGUUAUUUAUUAUAUAACGACAAAAAAAUCUGGUUAAAAAGUACAAUAUCCAAUAAAUGUUUUGCUAAAAUUAAUUGUUCUAAACAACUAACAAAUUUGAAUAAUCGAAAAAAAUUGUCUCUGUUACAACAAAGUUAUAAAAAACAAAAUCAAAUUGAGUACCGUCCGGGACCUUUAUGUAAAAAACGGAAUCUUCAAGUAACCGAAAAAGAUAAAUGGGACACUCAAAUGGUUCAACUUCCGAAAUUAUAUUUGGAAGUAUUCCCGAAACAGGGAAAACCAUUUUGCAACACGAUUGUACAAAGAUUAAAUCAAAUUAUAGGCGGCGAAUUAGAUGACAAUAAAAUUGAAUUUGCUCUAUCGGCAGUUAAAUGUAAGAAUUAUAUUAAAGAAGAAACAAUAGCGCCGUUGAAAUUUCCACUAGAGUAUCAUAAUAAAGUAGAAAGGAUAUUAACAAGACGACCGAGGAAAACGAAAAAAAAUGAAAUAAUUUGUGAAUCCCCGAUGAAAUCAAUCGAUAAAAAGGGUACUACGGAUGUAGUAGCUGACGUUGUAGAAGAUUUAAUCAGAUACGUCGAAAUCAAAGUACUAGCUCCAACGUUGAUUAAAGAAGACGACGUGAAAGUACCAAUUGAAGACUGUUUAAAUAAUUCAUCGCCGAUAAAAGAAAAUAUCAGUGUUAUUAGAAAACCGCAUAAAAGACGCACUAAAGUAGAAAAUGAAUUACUACGACUAAGCUGUAAAGUCGUUAACGUGGAAAUAGAAGAAAGUAAAGACGAAAAAGUGUAUUGUUCGAAACCUUAUUGUGAAUUAGGAUGCGUUUGUAAAAGUUUAAAAUGCGAUUACAUCCUACCACGUCAUUGUCAAAAACCGGAAUGCAUGUUCAAAUGCACUUGCCCGAAAGAAAAAUCGAUUAUAUACGAUAAAAUAACGUUUCCCGAUGGUACUAAUUUGUUAUCAGAAGAUACCGUCAAUAGAAUCGAAGACGAAGCGAAAAAGAAUUUAGCCAAAGUUGAAAAAGAAUUCACGCAAACCGUAAUUCAUACAAACGACAAAACUAUAGUAGUCGGUGUCGGUGAUCGAACAAAAACUAGAAGAGCCGCUAGAACACCCGCCAAAUUUUCAGAUUUUGUAUCUUUGUCCGAAAUACUUCAAGAAAACGAAGAAAUACGUCGAAAAAGAUGUGUAGUGAGUUUACAUAAACUAAACCUAUCCGGUAUAAUACCAUAUUGUUUAACUCAUAAUAUGUACAACUGUUUCUGUAAAGGUUUAGAAGUAGUACCACAAAUUGAUAAAAUCCUAUCAAAUCAAACGUUACCAGAAAAUCAAGAAUUUGUUAAAAAGCGAUCACUAAUAGAUUUAAGAAGUAGAAAAGUUAGAAAUUUGAGAAUCAAAAACGAAUCAAAGAAGAUAUAUAAAUAUCCAAGUUUACCAGAUCCGUUGGCUCUCACUCCUCCAUGCGAAUCAGAUAAUUCAAGCCAAGAUGACCUUUGGACACCGAAUGAACAUAUAGAUAUAAGCCCCAAGGAAUUCCCGAAGAGACCAGUACGAAAUGUCGUUAAAAGGAAAAUAUCAAACAUCGACGACGCCGAAACAUUAAAUACAAUCCCUCCAAAAUGUGCUCGAGUCAUAGAACUACCAAAAAAAUACAAAAGAUCCUUACAGUACACACCGAAUAUAUACCAAGACGAUUUCGUUAAUAAUAUAUCGGAAGAGGAUUUAUUCAGAAUGAAUCUACCAGAAAAUAUUAAAAUAAAAUUCUCCAAAGCGGAUUUAUUGAAACAAUCUCUUAUAAAAGAUAAAGAAAUACUCGAUUCGGGGAAGAAUAAAACGAAAAGAAAACAAACACUAGAAUCCCGCGAAGACGAUACGCCAAUUUUCAUCGAAAGUGAAAAAGACCCCGCGAUACAAAGACGCAAAAAAGUGCCAUUACAAAUUGUCGAAAAUAAAAUGAGAGCAGUUUUCGAAGGGGAAGUUAUAAUCGAUAGAAGGAAUAUCGAUCUGUUGAGAGUAAUGGGACCGCGGACGGUUGCCGAAGGUUACGCGCGUCUACUUCCUUGGACGGCUUUAAUAAAAGGUUUCGUCGAUAAAUCGAUAUGCAUUUGGAGUAUGAUUGAUCAACCGUCAAGAUUAUUAAUCAAUAAAUCGGAUAAAAAAUGUCCUAAAAAUUAUAUGGCUAUUGAUAAAUUACCAACAUCGACGGAAAUCAUCACGUGGAUUAAACAAAAGAAAUUACCUCCUGAUUAUGAAGCGGAUUCUUUUUCGUUUAUUUUAAGGGAAACUAAAAAUAAUUUCGAAAUUUGCGGUAUUUGUACUAAGAACGUAGCGCGAAAAUCCGAUCAAACAGAAACUAGCAAAAACGACAAAGAAAAAAUCGCGGAGGAAAAAGUUGAAAAAAAAAUCAUCGUCGAGGAAAAAGUUGAAAAAAAAGUCAUCGAGGAAAAAGUUGAACAAAAAAUCGUCGAGGAAAAUGUUGACAAAAAUGAACAAGCCGUUGAUAAAAACGUCGAAAUAUUUUAUCACAAAGAUUUAUCGGGAGUAGAACGAUUUUUUUCGUUGCACAAAAAAAAAUACGAAACUAUUUUAUUAGUAGAAGACGUACCGGAUUUAAUAGAAACUAAAUUACCCGAUAUACGAGUAGCACUACCUUCUACUUCCGACGGUUGUAAAUGGCGUAUGCUGUUUCUAAAUUCAGAUUUCACGUUCCUCUUCUUCGGUUCCAUUUCGUAUUCGAUUCGAUAUACCGAUCUGCUCGCGAUGGGAAAUUACGCGAAAACAAGCAAUUGCACGAUUCGAUUGGAAAAUAAAGGAAUGGGAAAAAACUACAAACAUCAUUUGUUCGGUAUUUAUUUCGAACCGGGAUUUUCUGAUCGAAUUUUCAUCGGUCCUUAUAUCCAGGACUGCGAUUCGGAAGACAUCGAUACGCUACGAUACAUAAAUCAAUCUUUAGUAUCAACUAAAUCGUUUAAUUUGAUGAGAGGCAAAGGGGAUUACAAGUGUGGACAUUGGUUCGUAGAAACAAGUGAACCAACUCAAAGUCUAAAACCGUCUAAAUCAGCAGAAUGUACCAUAGAUUUAACUUCGGACAAUGAAUUAGAAAGUAUUGAAACCGUUCGCGAAAUUACUAAAAAUCCUCCCGAAACGGUAGAUUAUUAUCCUUACGCUCCUAAAAUAAUUCACAACGAACAGGAAAUAAAAAUAAUCGACGCGCCGCCGCGAAAACCCGAAGAUUUCAAUAGAUAUAUAAUUACGAACAUCCCCCAUUUCGGUUAUCUCGGCGCAUACAUGCAUCCCCAUGGCGAAAUCGACGUAUCAUGGCCAUUCGAAAAUAAAUUGCUUCGAUUUUCUUCCGAGAGCGCAGCAACUACUUUCCUACAAGACCGAUUUUCAUCGUUGUUACAAAGUGUUCCAGAAACGUUCAAAAUUAAUAUUAUUGUUGCCCUAAACAUAGAUUUGAAGGUAUACCAUCCAAUUGACUCAGCAGUACUUAAUGGGCAUUACAUUUGUGGUGAUUUUGGUUACAUGAAUAUAUUAGAAACAAGUGACAGAGAUUGCGUUGACAAGGUAGGCAUGUCCAAGGAAGAGGUUCUCAAGUUAUUUUCUAAGAGAGCACAAAAUUUUGUUAAAUCAAAACUUGAAACACUUUCUUAUUUACUACAGAUACCGAAGAACGAAAAUGGGUGUUUCGAUCUUUCUCUUAUACUGAGAAAGGCUGCUGAAGAGAUUCAUCUACAAAUAAGAAAGGAGCGAGAGAAUCGAAUAAUAAAGAAUACUUUGUUUUUAAAGAAGCGCGAAAAUGCCCUUAAGCUACACAAACUUUUGUCUAAAUUACCAGAAGACCAAAGAAAUAUUGAAAAUAUGAAAUUCCGAGCCAUUUUGGAUAAGACUGAAGAAUUACCGAUAGUAAUAAAUGAUUCUGAUGAUGAAGUGAAGAAACAGGCGAGCUCAAACGCCGCCAUCAAAGAUUUACCUGCAACAUCAAGCAAAGCGCCGAUGAAAUCAAUCCUCAAACCUUUGGUAACAGUACCAGUAGGCAAAGAUAACAUAUUAUUCAGAAUGGAUUUGAAAAAUUUACAAGAAAAAGAUCCUCUUGAUUUAAAUACUAGUCCAGUAGAUGAACCAAAAUAUAUACCAGGCGUUAAGCUGGUAAAAAAUUCCCACGGAGGUUUUGUGUUGGUGAAAAAAGACAUUAAAACAAGUUCCAAUAAUCUAAGGAGACCAUCAAAUUCCGAUAGUUCAGAAAAUGCAGACGAAGUUAUAUAUAAACAAAAUCAUUCUAACAAAAAAAGUGCAAAAGUAACCCCUAUAGAAAAGAGAUUUGAAACUGCUGGUGUAGUUGUUCCAUUAAAAACUGUUAAUGUAUCUGAUAACAAAAAUAAUAGUGAAGUGAUAGAAUUAGAUGAUGACGACGUUAUACCUAUCGAGAAUGAACCGAUGAUUAUAGAUCUAGAUGAUUUUCCUUCAGACGAUGACUAAAUAUUUGUAAGUUUAAUGUUUGAACAUUUUUUCUGUCGUCGUCUAAUCCUAUAAAACAGUGAAAUGUCUGGCUAAUCAAAUCAUCACUACAAGAAAUUUAUAAAAAAAUAUGAGUCAAAACCAUUCGAUCAUUUAUAAAAUUUUUUAUACUCAAUAUGCCAAACGUAACAAUUAGAAUUUUGGCAUUUAUAAUCAUUGAUAGUGAAAAGAACAACAAAAAUAUAUAGUACAUAUAUUGAAUCAACAAUGACAAAUUAUACUAUUUACUUUUUCAGUGUUCAAAUAAAUUUUUCGGCUACUUUCAUGAGAUACUUGAUAAUGAAAAAUGAAAAGCACAAUUUUCUGUUCUAGAGCGAAAUAUUCAUCUCAUGUAGGUCGUAGGAAAACUAUAGUACACAACACGUACAUACUUUAUAAAAUAUCAUAUUCUCAUCAUUAUUUACAGAAUCUAGUAUCUAUUUGUGAUGAUUUAAAUUUUUGUUUAGGCAUUGCGUUUUAUAUGUCUUCUAUUUACGAAAUAUAAUUUCCAUUCAAAACAAAUCAUGAACUAAUGUCAAUUCAAACAUUCGUUUAGUUUAUUUCUUCUACAUUGUUAGUAUUGGGGUUAAUAUUCCAUAUAAUUACUUUAUUUUUUGCUUUAUUUGAUAGAAGGGUAUGAAUCUGUACCACCCACCCUAAUUUACUGGUUAGACAUCUUCAUUAUAUCAUGUUCUUUAAACAGAGCGACAGAGCGAUUUAUUUGGUACUGAACACACUAUUUACUACCAACACUAACAAAUUCAAUAUUUCUUCCUUUGAGUCUUGAAUACAUCAUAUCCGGCUUGAACGACCAGACAUAAUUACUUCCAUAUAUAUUCUUACCAGCGCCUUUCAAGUCAGACUGACUAAAAUCAAUAACAUUUCCAAUGGCAUUAAAGUUUUUAUUGGGUUGAUAAACCCCUCUUCUUUUUGGGAACACAAUUAAAGUAUUUAAAUCUUUAUUUUCUUUAGUUUAAGUUUUUAUGAAGAUAAAUUACACUUUAACCACAAAACUUAUAACAUUAACAAACAAAUGCAACUCAUCCGAUACGUUUUUACGCGCAUUUUAUUUUCUUAUUUGCAUAUCCACAAAAGCGUAAAAUUAGAACACAGAAAGCUACAUUUUUUAUAUGGUUCCACCUUUGCCUGACUUAUACCGCUCUAUUUCAUGCUAUAAUGCCCUUUUAGCCCUAUAACGCCCCGGGUGACUCCUUAAUUCUCUUUCACAUCGUUCAAACUGUAUUGAAUCAUAGUUGCUGACCUAAAAUUUUUUCUAGAAGUGAGACAAUUUGGCUCCCACUUGUAUUCCCAAAAAUUGAUUAUCGAGCAAAAAACUUUUCACAAAGCGACGGUUUUGUUUGUUAGGUUUUCACUUUUUAGCAAUUCUAUAUGUCACUAUAGUAUAAAACACAAUAAACACCAAUUUUUGUUCAAAAAGUAAACAAAAUGUAAAGACAUAACCUUAGAAAUCAAAUGUGUAAGUCUAUAUGCACCGUUAUCUUUAGAUUUCACUAGAAAAUUCACUAAUUUUUCCGGCAUAGCAAAUUGCUAAAGUAUAAUACUACAGAAGUUGGAAACAUAUGUUCACAUAUAUGUGAGUGUUGGUGUAGGGGUAGUAAACAGUGUGUUCAGUAUGAAUGGCAAAUACAAGCUCAUAAUUUGUUAUAUUGGAUAAACCACAAUGAAUUAAGUUGACAUGUAUAUUUGAAAUUACUGUUAAUGUUUUUAUGAAAAUAUGUAUACUAUAAUUGUUCGAGGAGAUCGUUUCCGUUGAAAUAUUUUCAGUUGUCUAUUUCUGGUCCUAUCGAUAGUACAUGUUUGUGUGUUUUUGUAAAUGAAACCCCUUGUUUUUAUUGCAUUUUAUAACAGUUGUUUCUUGUCGAAUCUUCUAAAAAAACCUACUAAUAAUUUAGAUUUCUCUAAUGGAAAUUUUAGUUUCUAUAAAAACACUAACAAUGAGGAAAAGUGGAAAAGUCAUUUGAACAAAUUUCUAAGAACCCCCUACAAAUUUUUUGAAAUAUUAACAAAGUUUCGAGCUUUAUUCCAUUCUGGCAAAUCCGGUUAUUUUUGACAUGACUGUUUAAAAAUAUUUUUUUUUGUAUUGGACUGCAUUAGUUGAAAUUUAUAUACAAAUUUAAAAAAAGUUGGGUCCAUUUCCAUUGUAACCCGUAGUAAACAAACAACAAAAGUAUUGUAUACAUAUUUUCUCAGUUUAUGUGGUAUCAUCACUUGCAUACUAUUUUUUCAUUAAUAUCUUUUAGUACUAAAUGUCAAGAGGAAUUUGAUAUUAUUCUCUCAUUGUUUUAUAUAUACACCAAAAGUAAAUUUUAAUAAAAGCCUUACUCUUAUAAUUUGAUUAGGUUAUUAAAAUUUACUUGGAUUUUACAAUAUACGUUGCCCCUUUUCUUGUAGUAUGAGUUUUAGUUUAUCAGACUGAAAUUGUGAUACAAAGACCAUUAGUAGUUGAUAAUUUGAAUUUUUUUUUCUGGACGAUUCAAACAUUUAUUAUGACGAAAAUAGCAAAAAAAUUGCAUUAUUUACUGCAUAACAUCCUGUAAAUCCAUUUUAGUUGCAGUAUGUAUUUUACUAAACUAAUCAAUAAUAAGUUAAUGAUUUUAGGGAUGAAAAUACAAAUUUCUCUAUUGAAACCACUUCAUUUCGAUUUAUAACCUUAACACUUGGCUGGUAAGAGAAAAAACUACAAAAAUCUAUGCUUGGACACCUGUAGUCAAAUAACCUCUUAUAACUAAACACAAACUUGUCUCUAGUCUUGGAACCACCACUCUUCACUUAACCAAGUCUUCAAUAUAAAGAAAAUUUGCUAUUUUAUUGGGUAGGUUCCGUUAGGAAGUAAGCAGAAUCAUUUAGGAAGCAGGUGAGAAGUCGCUAGUAAUUAGCAACAACAUAGAUGAAAGCUUCUACAGGAAAAUUGCGAUGUUGCUGGUAAGAAUGGCAAGAGUUAGUUAGAUUUCAACGAAUAAAACUCCCAGGGUACCAAUAUAGAACCAGAGAAAAUGAAGGGGAUAGAAGAUAUUGUUGGUAUUGGAACUAAUACUCUCAAAUAAGGCACUAGUCAACCAACACAUUAGAUACAAGACAUAUGAUCCUAUCGGAAAGUUCCUAAUUUCAGAUCAGAAAAAAAAUAAUCUUAUAUAUAGAAGCUGGUUAGAAGUGAAUGAAAGUGGCAGUAGAUAUUGGAACCUUCACUCCCAAUUUAGGUAUAAGUUAAUCAACCAUUCAAUAUAGAGAAAAUUGCUACAGGAAACUGGACAUGUUGCUGGUAGAAAUACCAGGAGUUAGUUACAAUCAUCUGACAAUUAAAACUCUCUGUAUAUAUCUAUCGGUUCUCCUGAUCUAAUAUGGAAUCUUUUUUGUCCAUAACGCCUGCCACAGGAAGUAAUCAGAAAUAUUUUUGAUGAAAGUUAGACGGAAAUGAAGGUGGUAGAAGUUAUUGUCUAUCUUGAAACCACCACUCUCUGGAGAUAUCUUUCUUUGGUUCUAAUAUGGAAGCCGCAUUCCAGUCAUAGGAAGUAGGAUGAAAUAUUAUGGAAGCUUGUUAAAAGGAAAUGAAGGCGACAAAAAAUAUUAUUGGUAUUGGAACCAUCACUCUCAAAUCAGGCACUAGUUAAUCAAUUCAUUAACUAAAAGACAGACGAUUUUCCACAGGGAAGUUGUUAUGUUGAUGGUAAGAACAGCAAAAGUUGAUUAUCUAGUUCUAAUUUGGAACCAUACAGAAAUAUUGUAUUAUAUGGUAAGAAGGAAAUGAAUAUGGUGGAAGAUAUCAUUAAUUCAGCACUGAAUAGUUAAAUUGGUUAGAGAUAAAACCGCUCUAGUUUGAACCAAACUUUAUUGACAAAACUGUAUGUCCUAUAUAAUUUGAGAAAAAUAAAAUGUGUAUUAGAGGAUCUGCUUGGAAUUACCAGUGGAAUUAAAAUGGAAAUGAGUUAUAAGGGAUUUAUAUUACAACUUCAUCCCUCUUUAAGGUUGCAAUUUCAUUGUACUUUCUCUGAUUUAUUUGCACAGUUUAAAAGCACUUAAUUACUUCUGUCUUUUGCUAAUGAAAUUAAUUUUGAAAUCAUUUCAAAAAUAUUGUUUUCGAUAAUUUGUUUGAAUCGUCAAUGAAUCUAGUUGUUUAUCGGUACGCAACAAAAUAAUAAUUGUUUCAUAUUAUAAUUAGUUCCUUUGAUUGUAUCUUGUUUAUAUUUAAAUAAUUGUUUGGUAACCAAACACUUUGUACAGUGUAAAUAUAUGUAUGUUUUCUAAAUAAAACUAAUAUUUUGUUCA